AUUUAAAGGUUGCGUGUGGUCAAUUUUAAACGUGAGUAAAUUAUUUAUGGAUUGGUGGGCGCCAUAAUAAAACAUCAUCAACCAAUGAGAUGUUUCUUGUAUUGAUAUAAGGACAACGAAAGUGUACCUUCUUUCCUAGAUGGGUAUGAACAACACCUGAAUCCGUAAGGUUAGAAUUGAAACCAUGAACGGGUUUACUGUAAUAGUUGCAGUUUGGUUGGUGUGUGUAGAGGUCUGUCUAUCAACAGAUUUUUACAUUGAUAUAAAUGAAGAAGUUGAAAAAACAGCUACAGUUAAUACACGUUUGACCCCGGGGAAAUGUAAUUAUCGAAUCGGAGAUGGUAAACUAUUUUCUGUGAGAUAUAAUAGAAGAUUUGUGUAUCCAGACUCGAAGUAUACCUGUCUUCAUUUCCAUUGUACAAACACGGGAGACGUGAAGCUCAUGUAUAGAAUAAGUGGUUGUAGUUUUAACAAUACAUGUUUAAGAUUUGGAGAAACUGUAGUGGAUAACGAAUGUCAAGCGUGGACAUGUGCAAUAGAUUAUAGAGCUUGGAUAUCAACUAAUGUCUUACAUAUGGGCGUAUUUAUUGACAGAAUGAAGACCAAAUGUUUGUUUGAUGGAAAAUGUGUUGAUAGGGGUGUAUUAAUUUAUGAUGAAGCAAAAUGCUUAUCAAAGAGAUGUACUGUUUUCGGUCGACCAUUAGGAAAGUGGACAUUGGGUCAUAUACAGUAUUGGAGACCUCAUGUUGCUGAUUGUAAGGUUAAUGAUAAAUGUUAUAAAUCCAAAUCAGUAUUUAAUAUUGGUUGUACAACAUAUAAAUGUAAAAAUGAGGUAAUAAAAGAAGGCAAGAUUUUACCUGAUGGAAGAACAUAUAAAACUUAUAAUAUAGCUGGAGGAAUCGGCUUUGUCAUGAAAAAAUGUAAACAGUUUAAUACGGGUAACUGUAUAGAUGAAGGACAGAUUACUAAAUUUGGAACAUGUAUUGAGUAUACCUGUAUGAAAAACGGGACAAACGUCAUCACCAAAGAAGGUUGUCCAAACGCCAUGACCAAAGGAUGUGGUCCGUUAAAUGACGUCAUAUCACCAUUAGCUUGUGUUCAACUUCGUUGUCAAAAGGCUGGAAAUCGAUAUGCAUACCAAACCACAAGCGAAGGCUGUUAUAAUGGCGCCAAAUGUAUCAAUGUGGAUGAAACGGGUUUCGAUCAGAGAUCAGAUUGUGUGAAGAUUUGUAAAAAAUUAAUUCUUAAUGGAAUGAUUUCUUACAAAUUUGUCGGUGAUUGUAUUGAAGAAAUGGUAGGGUUGUAGAUGGCGUAUAUCCAUGACAAUAAGACAAAACAACUCUUUAAAUUAAUACAACCUGUUAUUUAA